GAUAGUCAGAUCAGUCUACUGAAGGGAGUCGUCUUGAGCACUUUGUUUCUUCUUUCUGCGCGGCACUAUGAUGUGGAAAAGGAUGUGUGGUUGACACCAAAAGGUGAAGUUCCCACACAAAUUUUGAAAGUCGCGACCGGAAUGGACAAGUUCUAUGAAGAGCACACUAAAUACUGCAGAAAUUUCAACGCACUUGUGGCACAGGACCCAAACUUGGUAUCUUUGAUGCAGGCAUUGUGCCUAUUCACACCUGACAGACCUUCGCUGGAUGCUCGCCAGACGGUUGCCAACGUCCACGACCGGUACUACCUGUUGCUGAAGCAUUACCUAGAGGCCAAGGUGGGCUUCGCGGGAGGUCGCGCUAUGUUGGCCUCCGUUCUAGCCAACCUGAACCAACUUGAGGCGUUAACAAUCAAUUACGGUCACAUGUUGAUGCAGUUGGAUCCAACCAAAGUCGACCCGUUGCUAAUGGAGAUCUUUAAUCUUACACCGCCAUCUUCAAAAAUCGUCCGGUUGGAGUGA